AUAUAAGGGCGGUGUGGGGCGCGGAAAGCCUGAGCCCGCUGUCUGUACCCAAGAGCCCAGACCAGCUCGCGCGGUCCCGAAGCCAAGCUCUUCCUCCACUCCGGAGUCCUUUGCAGCCUUCUACCUUCUCUCGGCCACGCAUCCGCCGCCCCUGGGGCCCCUCUACCCAAUGAAACUGGCCGCGAUGAUCAAGAAGAUGUGCCCAAGCGACUCUGAACUGAGUAUCCCGGCCAAGAACUGCUACAGGAUGGUCAUCCUCGGCUCAUCCAAAGUGGGCAAGACGGCCAUCGUGUCGCGCUUCCUCACGGGCCGUUUCGAGGAUGCUUACACCCCUACCAUUGAGGACUUCCACCGAAAGUUUUACUCGAUCCGCGGCGAAGUCUACCAGUUGGAUAUACUGGACACAUCCGGCAAUCAUCCGUUUCCCGCCAUGCGGCGCCUCUCUAUCCUCACAGGAGACGUUUUCAUUCUGGUGUUCAGCUUAGACAACCGCGACUCCUUCGAAGAGGUACAAAGGCUCAAACAGCAGAUCCUAGACACCAAAUCCUGUCUCAAGAACAAAACCAAAGAGAAUGUGGACGUGCCGCUGGUCAUUUGCGGUAACAAAGGGGACCGGGACUUCUACCGGGAGGUAGAGCAGCGGGAGAUUGAGCAACUGGUAGGUGACGACCCUCAGCGUUGUGCCUACUUUGAGAUCUCAGCUAAGAAGAACAGCAGCUUGGACCAGAUGUUCCGUGCGCUCUUUGCCAUGGCCAAGUUGCCUAGCGAGAUGAGCCCCGACUUGCACCGCAAGGUGUCUGUGCAGUACUGCGACGUACUACACAAGAAGGCUCUGAGGAACAAGAAGCUUCUGCGUGCGGGCAGCGGAGGCGGGGGCGAUCACGGCGACGCCUUUGGCAUCUUGGCGCCCUUUGCUCGCAGACCCAGCGUGCACAGCGACCUCAUGUACAUUCGUGAAAAAACCAGUGUCGGCAGCCAGGCUAAGGACAAGGAGCGCUGUGUCAUCAGUUAGGAGCCCCCAGGGUCAGCCACACAACCCGAGGACCUGUUUUGUUCGAAAGUCAAAUCAGAUUCCUGGGCUAGCCUGCGCUUUCCGUGCCACAGGAGCGCCAAUUGGCCUCCUCCCUCCCUCCCUCCCUCCCUGAGACCCAGCCCGGGGAGACACUGCCAAGCCAGUAAGGGACGGUCAUCUGCUGUGAAAGGAAAGAGAACUAGCUAAGACUGGGGCUGGAUGCCAGGACCCAGCAGGGGGGUACUUGGCAUUUUCCUCAAGAGGUUUGAGAGUGUGUGAAGUUCAUCAGCCUGUGAGACUUUAAGCAACUGUCCUGCUUGCUUCAGGGCCAGGACUAAUAAUAGGGCAUUAUCAUGUCUGUGAUUGGUGUUGCCAUGACCGCUGUCAGCCACCUCUGUCCUCAGCAAACUGGAAACUUUGGCUGGAGGUAGAGGGUUCAAUCAUAGCCAAGUGACUUGUUUACAUGUGUGUGUGCAAUUACCCAAAAGGAAACAAAACACAAAACUUGCACUUUAAUAGUUCCAGUGUCGAUGUGACAUGAACAAAAUCUCUACAUUUCUAUUGUGUGAGGUCUUUAUUAUUUUUUUUAUUUAAAAUAAAAUAAUUUACAAAUGGAAAA